AUGGUCUCCGUUAAAAAAAACGGUAUUUCGGAAAGCAAUGGUGAAUUUCCGUAUUCCAAUUCGUCCAAUAAGGUGAGGAUUAUUAAGGUUCUCUCCCAUUACUUAAAUAUGAAAAGUCACAAGGAUAAGGACCAGUUUCACUCCUUUCUAAAGGAUAAACUGGAAAGGAUAAAAAGUGAACCCAGGCAAUAA